AUGUGGAUGGGACUUACCAUCACGGGAGAGAGAAUAACGACAAAGAUCCGAGAGCGUCUCCUAGCGGCAAUUCUGGAACAAGGCGUGGGGGGUGCGAUGGAUAUCGGUUCAGGAGAAAUCACAACUCGCCUCAGUGCUGGCUGCGACCUGGUCCAAGAAGGCAUCUCCAGUAAACUUGGACGCGUCUUGGCUGCUUUCGCAGGAGUGAUUGCUGCAUUUUGCGUGGCAUACUCGAGACAUUGGAAACUGGCAUUGAUGAUGAGCAGCGGGCUCAUAGCCUUCGCCUUAACAGGUGCCACAGGCGCCGGCAUCAUGAAGCGCUUCACGGACAGAUCGACGUCAGUCCAGGGUGAAGCGUCUGGAAUAGCACAUGAGGCGAUCAGUGGCAUAUCCUUCGUCAUGGCAGCCUCAGCCCAAGACAGGAUGGCAGAGAAAUAUUCUUCCACGCUAAAAGCCGGCCACAAACCCGCGAUUCUUUCUAGGGCGUUAGCAGACGUGACGGUCGCAGUCAUCACAUGUAUCGCUACCCUUCUCUUCGCUCUGGCAUUUUGGCAGGGCUCCAAGUUCUUCGCCGCCGGCGAGGCAGAUAUUGGCGAUAUCAUGACCGUUCUUCUGGCUGUUCUUCUAGGCACAGCAUCUCUGGGCCUGGUCGCGCCUAACGCACAAGCUUUGACAGCUGCCGUUGCGGCGGCCUCCCACAUCUUCGAGAUCAUCAACCACCCCAGGGUUAUAGAUUCCACAUCUGAUGAAGGGGAAAAGCCUGAAGUCGUGGAAGGGUCUAUCUCUUUCAAGAACGUUAACUUCGCAUACCCUACCCGGAACGAUGUAGAAGUUCUGAAAGGCCUUACCGUUACCCUUCAAGCUGGUAAAACGACAGCUUUAGUUGGGGCUUCCGGUUGUGGCAAAAGUACUAUCAUCAACCUGAUUCAAAGGUUUUAUGAUCCCACCUCCGGUACGAUUGAACUAGACGGCAAAUCUCUCAGCGGUCUUAGUGUGCGAUGGCUUCGCAGCAACAUGGCAGCUGUCAGUCAAGAGCCGGUGCUUUUCAACGCAACCAUAUAUGAAAACAUUGCCUUUGGCCUUCGGAAAACAAUGAAAACCUACACUCUUGAGGAGGAGAAGACUUUGGUGUUUCAGGCAGCAAGAAGUGCCCAUGCGCAUGAGUUUAUCAUGGCUCAGGAUAGGGGUUAUGGCACCAUGGUUGGUGACCGCGGCGGACUGCUGUCAGGUGGCCAGCGGCAGAGAAUCGCCAUUGCGCGAGCAAUGGUGUCUGAUCCCAAAAUCCUCCUGCUGGACGAGGCCACAUCCGCACUGGAUACUACCUCGGAGAAUUUUAUCCAAGCGGCAUUGACUGCCGCGCAGCGAGACAGAACUGUCGUCAUGAUUGCCCACCGCCUGUCCACCGCUAGAAACGCAGACUGCAUAGUGGUUCUCGAUGGUGAUGGCGUUGCGGAGCAAGGCACGUACGAUGAGUUGAUGGCACUGAGAGGCGUCUUCUUCAAGCUUGCUAGCGCUCAGGGUGCUGACAAACAGCAUCGAGAAGCGAAGGACUUGAAUCUGACAACAUCGGACUCAUUCAAGCGCAGAAAUGCUGCCAAGAAGUCGCAGUCCUCCUACGGCCACGACAGUGACCGCCUGUCCGCAGUGCGGAAUGACGACUCGGUAAAUGUGCCGUUGGGUGCUAGUGCCCCUGCUGAGCAGCUGGCAGGGGGCCAAUAUACACGCAACGAAGUUAUAAGAUUUGUUGCCCAGUACAACUCCAAGUCGCCUUAUUUGUGCAUCUUUGGGCUAUUUUGGGCGGUCGUGUCAGGUUCGGUAUCCACCAUCCAGUCCUACGUCCUCGCUCAGGCCAUUACUGCUUUCAGCGAAUCAUCUGUUCGGCCAGGGUUUACGAGUAACAUCAACCACUGGUCGCUCAUGCUUGUUGUGAUUGCUUUCGUACAAUGCGUCUCAUCAAUUGCCCGAGGAUUCAGUCUGGCUGUCUGCACUGAGCGGUUCGUUUUGAGACUUCGCCGUGCUGCAUUUAGCCUCAUAAUGCAGCAGAGCAUGUCUUUCUUCGACGCCGAAGGCGGCGCAUCCCUCACGACGUUCCUGUCAACACUGGCCAGCGAUUUAAACGGAUUGGGUGCUUCUCUGAUGGGAACCUUCGCAGUCGGGCUUGUCGGCCUGCUCUCUGCUGUUGGGCUGGCCAUAGGAAUUAACUGGAAACUCGGCCUAGCGUUCUCGGCCACGGUUCCUGCGCUCCUGGCUUCUGGAUAUCUAUAUGGCGCUUUUGCCAGCAAGAGAGAACAGCAAUCCCGACAGUUCUACGCGGAGGCCGUCAGUCGUGCCAGCGAAGCUAUUGACUGCAUAAUGACGGUGGCCUCCCUCGCUCUGGAGUCGCAUGUGAAGGAAAGUUUCCACAACUCCCUUCUGGAAAUGCGCCACCGCAGCAUGAAGACGGCGCAUAAAGCCUGUUGUGUUUACGCUGUGUCUCAGGCAGCGCAGUACUUAUGCUUCGCCGGAUGUUUUUACUACGGCGGCUGGCUCAUGGCUGAUAAGCAGGCAACAAUGAUGCAGUUCUUCGUCUGCUUCAACGCCGUCGUAACCAGCACCCCUGCUAUGGGUAGCUGCUUUGGCUUUCUUCCCGAUGUCCAUAAAGCCAACCAGGCUGUAAGGAUUUUGAUGGGGCUGCUGCACAAACGACCGCUGAUAGACGCUUCGAGCGACGGAGGUCUCGUUGUUGAAGCCUCUUCUGGGAAACUCAAUCUCGACAAGGUUACUUUUUGGUAUCCUAGUGCCAGCGGUUCACCAGAAAACACACUCAACGACAUCAACCUGAGCGUUCAUUACGGCCAGUUCAUUGCUCUUGUCGGCCCCAGCGGAAGCGGCAAAAGCACUAUUCUGUCACUCCUCGAGAGGUUUUACGACCCACAGGCCGGAAGCGUCUCACACGAUGGAAAAGACAUUCGCUUACUUCAACUGAAGUCUCUUCGGAGACACAUGGCGUUUAUAACGCAGGAGACUGUACUAUUCUCUGGCAGCAUCCGCGAUAACCUUCUCCUUGCGGCGCCGGAUUCUACAGCCGUAACUGAAGAGAUGCUGGACAAUGCCAUCAGGGCAGCUGCUUUGGGCGACGUUAUAGAUUCACUUCCACAAGGGCUAAACACUAGGGUUGGAUACCGUGGAACAUCGUUAUCCGGUGGUCAAAGACAGAGAAUCGCGGUUGCUCGGGCAUUGAUAAACAAUCCAAGUAUUCUAUUGCUUGACGAGGCUACGUCGGCGCUGGACACUGUUUCAGAGCGCAUAAUCCAGGACGCAAUUAGCAAGGCUGGCAAGGGACGGACAACAGUAGCCGUUGCCCAGAGACUGAGCACUAUCAAAGAAGCUGAUUGUAUCUACGUUGUAGAGCAAGGUUCCAUAGUAGAGUCCGGGACUCACGACGAGCUCCUUCUCCGUGACAGAUUGUAUGCAAAAAUGUGGUGGGAUGGGCAGGGAUCCACGUAA